UACAUGUGUGAGAGAGACUAUACACCCUGAGCGCAUCGUUCCUUUUCGCUGUUUCCACUCGAGAGUCUUGAGGCGUCACUGUCAUGCAUUGGGCCAGGGCUCCCCUCCCCUGGCUCCCCGCGCUCCUGCCGGGGCUGCUGGGGCUCCUUGCGGCCGGCUCGGAGUUCCAGCAUCACCGCUACGAGGACAUGGUGAGAGCUUUGUUCGCCGUGCACAGCGAGUGCCCCUACGUCACGCGCGUCUACAGCAUCGGGCGCAGCGUGGAGGGACGCCACCUCUACGUGCUGGAGUUCACCGAUAACCCGGGCAUCCACGAAGCAUUGGAACCCGAGUUCAAGUACGUGGGCAACAUGCACGGCAACGAAGUGCUGGGCCGUGAGCUGCUCAUCAAGUUCUCACAGUUUCUGUGCGAGGAAUACCGGGCCAGAAACCAUCGGAUCACAAGGCUCAUCUAUGACACACGCAUCCACAUCAUGCCCUCCAUGAACCCUGAUGGCUAUGAGGUGGCCGCCAGACAGGGCCCAGAGUUCAACGGCUAUCUGGUGGGUCGUGGCAACGCCAGGGAAAUCGACCUGAACCGGAACUUUCCUGACCUGAACGCUCUCAUGUAUUACUACGAGAAGACUAACGGGCGAAACCACCACCUGCCACUGCCUGACAACUGGGAGCAACAGGUUGAACCAGAGACACGUGCCGUCAUCAAAUGGAUGCAGAACUACAACUUUGUCCUAUCCGCCAACCUCCACGGAGGAGCCGUAGUGGCUAACUAUCCCUUUGACAAGUCGCGAGACGCCCGCAUCAGAGGGAGGACAACCUAUGCUGCCACUCCGGACGACAAAAUCUUUAAAAACUUGGCGAGGACCUACUCGUACGCACACAGCUGGAUGCACAAUGGUUGGAACUGCGGGGACUACUUUGACGAGGGGAUAACCAAUGGGGCUAGCUGGUACUCGCUGUCGAAGGGCAUGCAGGACUUCAACUAUUUAUACACCAACUGUUUUGAGAUCACACUGGAGCUGAGCUGCGAUAAGUUCCCAGCCGAGUCUACGCUGCCCAGAGAAUGGCUGGGCAACCGAGAGGCACUGGUUUCAUAUGUGGAACAGGUGCAUCAUGGGAUAAAAGGCAUGGUGUAUGACGAAAACAACAACCCUAUCAAGAAUGCUGAGAUCUCAGUGUCAGGCAUCAACCACGAUGUGACCAGUGGAGUGGAUGGGGACUAUUUCCGCCUCCUGUUGCCAGGCACGUACACAGUGACAACCACCGCCCCAGGUUACACUGCCGCUACCAGCACCGUCACAGUGGGACCAGCUGAGGCCACGCAGCUACAUUUUUACCUGAAAAAGGCACCAAAACACAACAUGAAAACAAAACACCACAACGGCAAGAAGAACUUGUCAUCCCCAAAGUCCUCCUUAAAACUGGGCCCAAGAUGAGGCAGCAAUUAAGGAAACACACACAAACACAUGCUAUAUGAAUAAACACACAUAGAAACUACGGACAAAACUAUGUAGCCCUAUGAUUAUGUAUUGUUUUUGUUAAUAUGGAUUUUUUUGUCUGUAUUGAAUAAUUAUUGCAAGACCGAUGUAUUUAUGUAACAUUUUUAAUGGAUAUGAAGGUGAUCGACAAUUAUUUGAUGAUUACCAAAAGUGAAAUUAAAAGAAUGCUUUUUUUUGUCACUUGUCACUUUUU